CCAGAAAGCAACGCUGACAAGUCCCCGUUUCCCUUCGUCCUUUGAAUACAGGGUAUAAUGCACGUCUGCAAGCUGCCGUAUACCGUUUCGUGGUAUCGCAAAGCAAAACAGAAAUGUACGCAUGCGCGAGGGUUACUAUGGUUACUGGGACGCUUGAAAGUUCUUGUACGCUCCAACAUGCCACCCAAGAAAAAGUCCUCCAAAAAAGGGGGUAAGCUGUCCAAGGCUCAGAAGUUGAAGCAGGAGCAAGAGGAAGAGGAGAGGAGGCUGCGAGAGGAAGAAGAGGCCCUGCUGCAGGCGCAAAGAGAAGAACAGGAGAGACUAGAACGGGAGAGGAAGGAGAAGGAGGUAGAGAGGCUUGAGCUAAAGGACCAAGAGCGCAGAGAGGAUGAGCUGGACGAACUGCGCCAUCUACUGGAGGAGAAUCACACCGCAGUAUCCAACUGGAAAAGGGACACAAAGGAGACAGCCAAGUGGGAGAGGUACUUGCGUUGCGAUGGCGUGCCAGACCCAGCAGUGCAGCAGGAUAUCAACACGUAUAUCAGCUUGUGGAGAGACGACGCAGAGGUCAACAUCACACCAGUGCUCAAGCAGUGUGACCUGGCUCUACAGUUGGUGGAAGAGCUGGAAGGUCUGCUUAGAGACGCUACGGAUCCGGAAGAGGGCCAGACGUACCAGGAGGCUCUCAUAAACUUGCAGGAUCUGAUCCACUCUAAACACCACCUCACCACUGAGGAGAUCCUUAAGAAGGCCAGUGCGAGCAUCGACACCGAGACAGGCAACAUGCAGAUAGUGAUCAGAGAUGACAAGAUUACGCUGUGUCUGUGGGCCAACCUCAAGAAGAAUCCAAGGUUUAAAGGUUUGAACUUUGAGGAGGCAGGGAUGGGCUUCGAGCUUCCCAAGCAGCUGGCCGUGAGCGACAUCGCCGUGCGGAUCCUCCACACGCGCUACGACCACCUGUCUCUGCUGGCGAGGAUGACCCACCUGAGAACAAACACGCCGAGCCACAGAUCUCUUGCAGGGGGCGACGACGCUCCGGAGGACUCACCUGAGCGGGAGGAGAGGCGAGAAAACGACAAAGCGGAAGAAGGCGGCGAGACGCAGUCGCAGAAAACGGACGAGGACGUUCAGUCCAUCCAAGGGUCGGAAGGAAGGAAGAGUGCAGCCAGUCUGCAGUCAAGGAAAAGCAGCCCACGGCCUUCAGAGGACCAAGGGAGACAGAUACAGACACAGAUGGAGACGCUUGAUGCUGAGGGAGACCUGAGCUGCCCCCCGGCGCAGCUUACUGAGACCACCAUCGGCCCCCAGGUGGUAGAUUUAAGGCGGUACGUUCCUCUGGGUGGGGUCUUUUUCUGCGAUGUAUUUCACCUCCCGCCUCAAGCUCAUCAUGUCAAGGGCUGGGAGAUCCGACAGCUGUUGGACACAGGGCUACAGGUCUUCCACUACCCCACAGAGAAUGUAGAUGGUAAUGAGGACCAGGACUGCCCUCCAGUCGGGGUGUCCGUGACGCUGCCCGACUCCGUCGUCUUCUUGGAAGCUCCACAAGUGGCUCGCUGGGAUGCAGCAGCUAAGCAGUGGAGGACGGACGGCAUCACCGACGUCUCCUACGAGGAGACUGAAGCCAAAGUCUCCUUCAGGAUGGACUCCUUCCAGCCCUGUGCGCUGAUGCAGGAAGCUUACGCCAACCUUCCCUUCCAGAGCUGGGAGCUGCGGCCGCUGGGCCAGGACUCGGCUCUUUUCACCGUGAACGGGGCGCUAAUCAACAUCAGCAUCACCAUCCAGGGUGAUCGGUGCAUGCUGCAGUCAGAGCGACAGAGAGGCCUCUCUCACCUCCUGGGGAAGUGGAUGAGUGGUCCCUCCUUACAGAGAGCCAUGCUCAACGCAGGCAUCAACGUCUUUGUGAACGAGUACGCGGACAAAUACGUCAGCAGCUACGGCAAGGACCCACUGACAGAACAUGCUGCCUAUGAACAGAUGGCCCUCUUCGCCUCUGCUUGUGCCUUCUCGUGGAGCAAGUGGAAUGCUAAAUGUGGAACUGAACAUCUGGUCAUGCAGGCUUGUGAGCACCUUGGUGCCGCCCCUGUGCCUAAGAGCUCCUGGAGUCUGUACCUGCUGGGCGCUCAGAGGAGCCAGAAGCUGGAGAUCACGGAGAACAGCGAGGUGUUUUCUGCAGACCAUUCUCCUGACAGCGAGUUUCACUCCACCUUCAUCCACAUGCUCCAGGACAACAUGAGCCCUGAGGGCGUGGACCAGAGCAGAAGGUCUCAUUAUCUGUUUGUGGACACAGUGCAGAGUCUGCUCUGUGCCACCAGACCUCUGAUGUAUUCGUAGAUGCAGUGUAAAAACAAUUCAGUCCUGAAGACGUUUUGAAAAUGAAAAUCUUUGAAAUGUACAUGCAUGUAAGAACACACAUCUUCUCAAUUAGAAUUGGCUACUUUAUUUGUGCAAAUAUCCACGCAUCUUCUUUGGAACAUACAAAAGUGUAUGAAGUUGAAAACGGUGACAACCACGGCAAGAACGAAGAGAAGAAAAAACUUUGGUGUUAGGACUGUAACAAUGCAGAAUUAUAACUUAACAAAAACUAAACAGAUAUUCACAUCUUCCAACUCAAAUCUAACAAACUCAUAAAUAUAGAUUUUUAUAAACACUUUAAAACACUUCAAAUAAAAGUUUUAUUACCAGUGUUAACAGACUUAAAAGUUAUAAAAUGUCCUCUGCAACCAAUGAGGAAAUGAAUGUAAAA